AUGAACUCCCGCAAACCCCGGCGAAAUCACAAUCACAAUCACAAUCAUCCCGGCAAUAAUAACUACCCACAUCAGACCCAGUUCACCGACUAUGAAUCCGACGCCGCCUACUUCUCCGACAUGCAACAACAUCAGCAACAGCCAGCACCACCCACCCGUACCAACGAGGAGAUAAACCUCUCUGUCCUGCAUCGCCACAACCCCGACAUCACCUCCAUCCUUUCGCUCGCCCAAUACGCCGUCGUGUACAUAUUCAGCCCCACGACGCAGCAAUGGGAAAAGAAUGGCGUCGAAGGCACGUUAUUCGUCUGCCAGUUGACUCGGGGUCGUCUCGGCGAGGAGCGGUACAGUGCAUUCGUACUGAACCGGCGCGGUCUCAACAAUUUCGACCUGCAGCUGACAGACGGCGAAAACGUGGAACUAACGGAGGAAUAUGUGAUUCUUAAGGCGGACGAGGGCGCUGAGGGCGCCGCAGACCCCUCAAACCCACAGGGUGGUCAGUCAAACGGCGCCAGCACGCCCGGGCUACGCAUCUACGGUAUCUGGAUUUACUCGGAGCCGGCGCCGAACUCGACUGCACAGGCUCGGACCAUCAAUGCGGAGAAGAUUCGCGAGUGCGCUGCCCACGCAGGAGAAAGCUUGAAGAUGGCGCGGAAGCGUUUGGAAGCUAUUCGCCAGAAUGGUCUACAUGCGGCCGCAGCUGCAGCUGAGAAUCAAGUGGCUCCGUUGCAAGAAGUCGAGGCGAGCGUGCCGAUGGGGCGUCAAAUAUCGUUGAAGGAUUUAUUUGGGCAGCAACGUGCCCAAGAUGAUGGGUGGAGUGUACGCGCGCAUCACAUGGGGCCAGCGGAGCAGCAGCAGCAGCAGCAGCAGCAGGAGCAAGCUCAGCAAGAUCAAUAUCAGCAAUCCCCUCCGCAGCCGUACCAACAGCAUUACCAACAGCCGCCGCCGCAGCAGUACCCGCCACAGCAUUAUCAACAACCGCAAGGGUACUCGAUGAUACCUCAACAACACCAGCAACCACCACCCCCGCCACAACCCCAAGGAGAUGUCCUCGGUGACCUCUUCCGCCGAGCAGGAUUUGCAUAUCAGGGGAAUGGACAAGGGCAGUAG